AUGUCGGAGACGAGCGUCACCCAGCGCUCCGGCGCCCGCCUGGUGGAGAUCGAGGGUGCUCAGAUGAAGACGUUGGGCCAUCUGCGGCUGCGCGACAAAGAUACGAAUGAGGUGAUUUUGGUGCCGACGCCUUCGAGUGAUCCCAAGGAUCCUCUUAAUUGGCCAAGAUGGUUCAAACUAUACACCGCAGUGGCCGUCUGCUUCGCCAUGAUCCUAUGCAACUUCCUCGCGGCUGGUCCAACACUGGCCAUCCUACAAACGGCACAGGAUUUCUUCCCCAAUUGGAAAGAGACCGGCAUGUCAGGACCGAUCGCAAAGACCGCCUACUUCUUCAAUUGCACUGCUCUCUUCCAAGGUCUGGGCAAUCUACUCUGGAUGCCGCUGAUCAACAAAUACGGCCGUCGCCCUAUCUAUGUAACCGCCUUUACGAUCUAUACCAUCACAGCCAUUUGGUGCGCGGUGGCGAAAGAGUACGCCAAUUUCCUCGUCGCUCGCAUUGUGAUGGGUAUCGCGGCGGGGGCAGGUGAAUGUUUAGCCCCAAUCACCAUCGCCGAUAUCUUCUUCCUGCAUGAGCGUGGGACAAUUACUGCGCUAUAUAAUGCCUCGCUCAAUCUCGGCGUCGCAUCAGGCGCCAUUGUCGACGGCUUCAUCGUCAAAUUCCAUCCAUGGCGCUAUAUCUACUAUGUCGCCAUUGCCUUGAUUGGUUUCGUUACCUUGAUCGUUUACGGCACCUUUCCCGAGACAGCAUAUAUACGAAAUUUCGCACCAACAGGCAUUAUCACGACCUUGACUUCAUCUGGGCAACGUGUGAGACGUGGCGUGAAGAGCGAAGAGGCCGGCGUGGCUGGUGCCUCGGAAGUUGAAGUUGCUUCACACGACGCGACGGUCGAGAGUAACCCUGGCUGGAUCCAGGGGCUGCGAUUAUACCAUGGCAAAUAUACCCACGAAUCUCUCUGGCAAAUGACCAUCCGGCCGGUCGGGCUAUUGAUCCUCCCUCCUGUGCUGUGGGCGACAUUGGUCAUGUCCGUGACGAUUGGUUUUAUCACCGCCAUCACGUCGAAUGUUGCAUCUGCAUUUUCCACGGCCUACGGCUUUGAGGCCUGGCAGUCGGGUCUUUGCUUCGUUGCCGCCAUCAUUGGAUGUGCUUUUGGUAUUGUUCUAGGUGGCCAUUUCUCGGAUUGGGUUGCGGAUUAUUUCACUCGACGGAAUAACGGUAUUCGUGAGCCGGAAAUGCGUCUCCCUGCUAUUAUGGUGGGUGCUAUCACGGGCCCGUUGGCGUUGGCUCUAUAUGGGUGUGGCAUCAAGUGGCAGAUGCAUUGGAUUGUUCCCACUAUUGGAAUCGGGUUGAUCAAUUUCACCAUCACUCAGGCUACUAAUGUCUCUCUUGUAUAUACAAUCGACAGCUACCGUCCCAUCGCCGGCGAGAUUGUGGUCACCCAACUAGCUUUCAAAUCCGCUUUCGGCUUCCUGCUUGGCUUCUACACGAAUCCGUGGGUUGAAAAGCAUGGCUACAAUGUGGCGUACGGCGAGAUGGCGGCUAUCUGUGGUGGUGUACUCAUCUUUUGGAUCCCGUUCUUCUUCUGGGGGAAGAAGAUUCGUCAGAUCACUCUAAGUUGGUCGGUGAUGAAGUGGGUACGAUGGGAUGAUGAUCGUGAAGUUGGCGAGUAA